GUCGAACGGCAAGAUCACUUGAUGGAAGAAAUGAUAAUACGUGUGACAUAAAUAAUGCGAGUAAUGUAAAUAUGACCGAUGAAAAUCUCAGUGAAGACGAUGUCAAUAAUAUUCAUGAUAACAAUGACCUAGCGGCAAAUGAAGCAAAUAAUAUUAGAGAUGAUUAUGAUGACGAAAAUGCAGCAUUGAAUGAAGCGGAUUCAGAUGACGACUCGGUAAGCAGUCAAGAUUCUGACCGCAGUUUCUUUACUAUGACGAGUAGUUCAAGUGAGACCGACACGGAUUCUGAUUCAGAUAUUGAUAAUGAAAUGCCUGAUCACAACUACAACCACGAAAAUUUUCAUUCACCACUGUAUGAUCAUGUACCCUCAUCUCUGG